CGGGGCGUGUCCAUGGCGAUCCAACAUGGCCGAAGAGACGGCGCUUGGUGAGCAUCUGGAGUUCCUCAAGGAUCGGCACAUCUGCUUCUUCGAACGAUGUCUGAAGAUCUUACCCGAGAGGUACUGCUCACUGGAGACCAGUAGGUUGACCAUUGCUUUCUUUGCAUUAUCUGGCCUGGACAUCCUGAGUGCCUUGCAUCUAGUGGAUAAAACCAGCAUCAUUGAAUGGAUUUAUUCCCUCCAGGUCCUUCCCACUGAAGACAAAUCCAAUCUGGAUCGUUGUGGAUUCAGGGGAUCUUCACAUCUGGGAAUCCCGUAUAAUCAAUCGAAGGAUAAUGGUUCUCAUCAUUUAUACGAUAGUGGUCACAUAGCCAUGACAUAUACUGGUUUAGCUAGCCUAGUGAUCCUCGGAGAUGAUCUGAAACGGGUAAAUAAGGAAGCUUGUCUGGCAGGGCUUGGAGCUCUUCAACUGGAAGAUGGCAGUUUCUAUGCAGUACCAGAAGGAAGUGAAAAUGACAUGAGAUUUGUGUAUUGUGCCGCUUGUAUCUGCUAUAUGCUUAAUGAUUGGUCAGGAAUGAAUACACAGAAAGCCAUAGAAUAUAUCAGGAAAAGCAUGUCAUAUGACAGUGGACUUGCUCAGGGAGCCGGACUAGAAUCGCAUGGUGGAUCCACAUUUUGUGCCAUUGCUUCACUGUGUCUAAUGGGAAAACUGAAUGAGGUUUUUUCUGAGAAGGAACUAAAUAGAAUAAGACGGUGGUGUAUAAUGAGGCAGCAAAAUGGUUUCCAUGGCCGACCCAAUAAACCUGUAGAUACCUGCUACUCAUUCUGGGUUGGCGCAACCCUAAAGCUUUUGCAGAUUUUCCAGUUUACUAAUUUUGAGAAAAACAGGAAUUACAUUUUGUCAACCCAAGAUCAUAUUGUUGGAGGAUUUGCAAAGUGGCCAGAUAGUCACCCAGAUGCUUUACAUGCGUACUUUGGAGUCUGUGGUCUGUCUUUAAUUGGAGAAUCUGGUGUUUGCAAAGUGCAUCCUGCACUGAAUAUGAGCAUAAGGGCUUUUCAACAUCUUCAGCACCUACAUCAGACAGCGGAAACUCAGGGGCAGGAGCUGCAAUCAGAAUCGAUGCCUGACUACACAUGACAAAGGUGGUUACAGAAUUAAAACUGAAACUAGAUCAAAUAUUCUAGCCCAAGGAAAAAGCCAUGUCAUAAAGAAGAGAUCUUGCUUGAGUGCUGAGACUCCAUAUUAAAAAAGACAGCUCUAAAGAAUGUUUGUUUUAAAAAUUAUCAUUGGUCAGUUAAUAGACCAAUUGCCAUUUGCUCUGAAUUCUGAUAAUGCAUUGAAUGUGUGUUUUGAGUGGAUGGAAGUUUGUCUAUAUUCUGUAGGAAAUCAUUU